AGUUCCCAUCGGGCCGCCAAGCCGAAUGCCGGUCGGUGUAAUGUGAUACGAAGCGUAAUUUCGAAUUUCGAACGCGAGUUUAUAAUCAGGGAAUUCCGAUUAUUAUUUCGAGGUCCUGAUUGAUUGUGGAGUUUCAGUGGACGCUGUUUUUUUUUUUAGUGAUAAUAAUUCGUUUGAUUGUGUGAUCCGUGAAUUAUUUGAUUUGACGGAAAAGUGUUCUGUGAGUUAUGUGACGUUGAGAUUUGCCCCUGUUUUCUCAAGUCGGUGAUGAAGUUCACGUUGUGGUGUUGAUGGAUCGAGUGAAACCAACUAUAAUAUAACAGCAAACAUUAUGUAGGGUAAACAUUGGAUUACCGGAAAGUGCAGUGCGGCGCGAUGUCCCCUGAACAAAAACUAAAGUUCUAUUCCACGACUUCCGUGGUAUGGUGAAAUUCUUUUUUCAAAGUGAUCGUGAACUCACACCCGGCAAUGUCAAAGUAAAAGAUACUUCUCCUGACAGUGAGGUUAUCUGGUAUUAAAAAAUGUCAAAGUGGUAGUCGAGCGAUGUCUGAGUGAGACUGGCGUGGUCAUGACAAGAGCGUGGUCGUCAAAACAGUGCGCCGCCUGGGCCUGGCUCGCGGUCCUUGCAGCUUUGGGCCGCACCACAGCUUACACGGACACGGAGGAGUUCUUAAGCGACUUGGACAAACCAGUGCCAACAUCGGACGUGCAAGGCGUUCUGGGGAAGAAAGCUUCGUUACCCUGCGACAUUCAGCCUCUGCAUUCAGAAGACGAAGUCGUGAUGGUGCUCUGGUUCAAGGAGUCUGAUGGAGAUCAACCUUUAUAUAGCUACGACAUUCGUGGCCGGUCACAAAGUCAGCCCAAGCUGUGGUCUUCGCCGACCGUGUUCGCAAACCGGGCAUUCUUCAGAGGAACCGCUACGCCUGCAGUCUUGAUGCUGGACAAUGUGAUGGCCACUGAUGCAGGAGUCUACAGGUGUAGAGUAGAUUUCAAGAAUUCGCCCACAAGAAAUCUAAAAGUCAAUUUUACUGUCAUAAUGCCUCCAAAUCGUCCGACGAUAUUCGAUGCCAAACGAAGAGACCGAACAAAAUUAGUCGAACCAUACAAUGAAGGGGCCAACGUAUUGCUAAUCUGCGAAGUCGAAGGAGGAAAUCCAAGACCUCGUGUAACGUGGUACCUGGAGAACACGGUGAUAGACGACUCAUUUGAGCAGCGUCCUGAUGGAGUAACCGUCAACACCCUGACCUUCCCCAACGUGGGUCGUCAGCACCUCAACGCAAGACUCGUCUGCCAAGCUUCGAACACCAAUCUGGCGCCACCGGAAACGAAAGUCCUGAUAUUAGACAUUAAUUUGAAGCCGAUAUCGGUGACGAUCCUGACGAAGGAGAAGCAAAUAUCGGCCGACAAAAGGUACGAAGUGGAGUGCAAGACGACGGGCUCCCGGCCCGAGGCGUAUGUCACUUGGUGGAAGAACAAUAGACAGCUGAAGCGGAUGGCAAAAAACUUCUCAGAGAACAAUGAGACGCUAAGCGUUUUGAGUUUAGUGCCAGGGGUUGAAGAUGACGGGAAAUACCUAGCUUGCCGAGCCGAGAACAAACAUAUACCAGAUUCAGCAAUUGAAGACAAGUGGCGACUAAAUGUUCACUAUGUACCAAUAGUGGAUCUGAAAAUGGGCUCCAACCUAAACCCUGACGAGAUCAAGGAAGGGGACGACGUUUAUUUCGAGUGCACUGUCAAGGCUAAUCCGAAGACACAUCGCCUUGUUUGGUUUCACGAUAACUCUGAAAUUUACCACAACGAAGCAGCAGGUGUGAUUCUUAGUGCUCAGAGCUUGGUCCUUCAGAGCGUCACUAGAGCAGCUGCUGGGGACUACACCUGCAUGGCUGCUAACAGUGAAGGAAAAGGAACUAGCAACCCGGUGACGCUGCUAGUGCGAUAUGCCCCUGUUUGCGCUGAACGAAGAGAUGGAGAACUAUUUGGAGCCCUCAAGCAUGAAACAGUAUCUCUGCAUUGUUCUGUAGAUGCGAACCCCGCACUGGUGUCUUUCCACUGGACCUUUAAUAAUUCUGGCGAACAAACGGAAAUCCCACCAAGGUUAUACAGUAGUCACGGCCACACAUCCACCUUGAACUAUACUCCGACAACGGACAUGGAGUAUGGAACUCUGGCCUGUUUCGGCGAGAACACUGUUGGACAACAAAAAGUACCGUGUCUAUUCCAAUUAGUAGCUGCAGGUCGUCCAUUCCCACUUCAGAACUGCACAGUGGCUAACCAAAGCAUUGAUUCUCUGUAUGUCGAGUGUGUUGAGAACUUCGAUGGUGGACUGCCACAGACCUUCCUGAUGGAGCUGCUUGAGCUGCCCUCAUUAGCAGUCCGAUACAACGUAUCUACAAACAGGACACCACCCUACUUCGAAAUCAAAGGUCUUCCGCCAGGCGUUAGCUACAGGAUAGAGCUGUAUGCUGUCAACGCAAAAGGCAGAAGCGAUGUGUCUACCAUUGAAACAGUCACUUUGAAGGGUCAAGCUAAAUUUACUGGUGAAAGCAACGCCCUCGGAAUGUCACCAGUCUUAGCUUCAAUAGCUGCGUCAUCAGCUCUACUGGCUGCAGCUGUCUGUGGGGUUCUGGCUGUACUCUAUAAGAAGCAUAGCAACAGACAACGACGGCUUCCCGCCAAACAUGCCCCAUUGAGUGAAUCAAUGUACGUCGAACGAACACCGAACUGUCCGACUCCAGUGAAGCAGGAGGUGGAGUCCCGCGCCAGCAGUACGGAGCCCCGAGACCAGAGGUCGGAGCGAGGGGCCAGAGGGGCUUUACUGCACACAUCUGAUCCCAUGGCUGACGACGCUGAUCCCGAUAUAAUUCCUUGUUUAUAUGAGAGGAGACCAGUGUCCAACGGGUACAUGAGCCUCCAGAGACCUCCGUCCAGUACAAAGAUCGCCAAGAUGAGCGGUGACGACAUUCGUUCAGAGCCCGACGGCGGCGCCUACUACAACGAUUAUAGGAAAAAGGAUUACAAAAUACCUUUAACUAGCUCGUACCACAGUCUAGGGAGAGCCAACAAGGGCGUCACGGCGUGCAGCCCUGGUUCCGCGACGGGCGUGACGUCAUCACUGACGCAACAUCGACUGCGGCCGGAAGUCGUCACCACCUCGCAUCGAGUGCAAGAGAGCUGUAUAUAAUGUACUAGUAUUAUUAAUAUGUAAAUACUUGUAAAUAGACGUUUGUGGGGUGAUUACUUUCGGAUUUUUCUGUUGCUAUAUUAACGAAUUAUUUAAUUCGUUUCCUUGUGACGUACAACUCUAUGACUUAGAUAAUUAAUAUUAGGUAACAUAAAAUGGCCUAAUUCGAAAUAAAUGGAACUAAAAAGAGAUAUACAUUUCAAUAAACACGCCGUAACUGUCAUCGAACAAAUCUGAUUUGGUAAAAAAUCUUGGAAGGUUUUGCUUCACUGAUAUCUGCCCGAAUGCACAUAUCACUAUUGGGAAGCCAUUGCCUCCUACAAUUAAUAAUAACAAUGAUGGCUACCAUCAUCGUGUAGGUAGAAGUAGUGGUGGAGUAAUUGUACGACUAAAUGGUAAUUAACCAUGGUUGUUGCAAACUAUUAUUCAAAGUUACACCAAAAACAGAAAAAUCUGAAAGGUUCUCGCUCGAUGAUAAUAUAUUGUGAACAUUUCCUAUGUAAAUUAAAUAAAUACAGUGUUCCUUUAGAUUACGUCAUAUGAGUAACUAUGUAAAAAUGUUUUUACCAAUUCGUAUUUCGUGUAAAUUAUGUUUACAAUUUCAACCAAAACAGUGACGAAAAUUUAUUAAAACUUCAGACGACGAACUCAAACAUAGCUCCAGGAAACCGUUCUCAAAGUCGAUGCAGACCUUGAGGUCAGCCAUAAAUAGUAACCGUUUUAGUAAGAUCCUAUUAAAAACUACUCUAAAAAAAGAUGUGUAAUGUCGUGGGACACCGGACAGGAACGAAGUUUCUUAUUAUAAACAUAUUAAUUUUAAGUUCUAUUCGAGGUCUAUAGAAAAUAAUAAUUAUUAUUAUACAUUUUUUAUUAUGAUUUUUUUAUUGAUAAAAAUAAACUACUACUAAUACUACUUUACAAAGUUAUCAACUUUAUUUUGUUCACAAUGAUUUAUAAAAAAAAUAUAAUAAUAAUAUGCAAAGAAACAGCUAUUUGUAUGAAUAAUAAUAAUAACCGUCAUCACGUAGACUAUACAUUAGCACUGUAUAGCCAUCAUACUAAGACUUUAAAUAAAUAAUAAAAAUCUUACGUUACGGACGUUUUUUCCCGGUUAGGGUAUCCCUCCGCAUCGUCCCAUAAGGAACUUCGUUCCAAAAAGAUAUAUCUACUGUAAAGGAGUUCUCGUUGUAUUCGUGCGUCCAUGUACCUUGAACUCCGAGCAAUGUAAAGCAAAGUUGGCUGCACAUUAAUUAGGUGUUAUGUUAAAAAAUACAAAUCCUUCGAUCUUAAUUCUCUGAAUUCGUUUUCUGGGGCUGUUUUAUAACACGCUGUAUUUAAGACGUGUAAUUUAGAUCGAGGAUCCUUGUGAUUAAAUUGUAAAAAAGUAA